ACACCUAACCUAACCUACACAAAUUCACAAUAUUCUUAUCUUAUCGCUCGGAAUUGGGUUGAAAGCAGCAAUGGCCUCUGCAAUAAAACACUCAUGUACGGUAGUAUUACUCACCAUCCUUCUCUUCUCCGCUUCAACUUCCACGGCGGAGCUACUUCCGCCUAUUUGGCCGGACCAGUUCCAUUCCGUUCUGUUCAUGAACCAGAGCGGAACCCUCCAGAAAAUUGACCUAUGGUACGACUGGCCUAACGGCCGAAACUUCAACAUCAUCCAGGAUCAACUCAACGAAGUCGUCGUUUACGAUCUCGAAUGGAACAACGGCACCUCUUUCGUCUACACUCUCCAUCCCUCCGACCGCCACUGCAAGAUCCUCUACCCUGGCGUCGGUAUUCUCCGCCGUAAUUGGCUUGACGGUGCCACCUAUUUAGGUCAAGAGAAAGUUGAUAAUUUCGUCUGUAAUGUUUGGGAGAAAGCUGAUUUUAUUGUGUAUUAUGAAGAUGCUGUAACAAGAAGACCUGUUAAGUGGAUCUUCUCCUCAGGAUAUACGGCUCAUGUGAUGACAUUUGAGGUUGGAGCAGUGCUUGAGGAUUCGAAUUGGCAGGCUCCCGUGUACUGUUUCAAUCAGACUGAGAAGAUUUUGGAAUCUGCUGCUGUUCGUGGCGAUUCUUUCGGGAGUUUGAUGAGAGGCAAAUUCGACGAUGUUCGUGACAUUUAAGGAAAUGGAUUAAAUUGUAUAUGCCUAAUCUAUUUCUGUUUUGGGGAUAGGUAAUGAUUGUUUAGUUUAGUCAAAUAUUUUUAUUAAGUUUCCAUCAUCGUCUUGUAGGGAUAUGGAUGCACCAUUGUUUUCUUUCAAGCUCAUAUGUCAAGUUUUUUUAGUUCAUCUCAUCUUAAAAUUUUGAGAGAUGAUGAACUGAAUUGCUAAGUCUCAUAAGGGAUAAAAUAUAACUUAUUUUGAUGUAAAAAAGUAACCUAGUGAUUCAUUAUGUAAGUAGUAAUACUUUUGUAAUAAGGAGAAUGUAGAGGCACAUCCAUCUUAUGUGGAAAAGGGUUUGAUGUAGUAAAUCUUUGCAUCCUGAAAUUCUAUGAAGUCUGUUCUGUUGUGUGGAAAUUAUGGACUGUUUUGUUACUUUUAGCAAUUAGAGUGGGAAGACAAACUUGAUUAGAUGCUCUAUUAUGCCAAUUAUUACCAGGUUUGUGCGUGGUUAAGUUGUUAAUCGGAAUCAUUUCCAAUUUGUUUGUUAGUAUCAAGAAGUCGAGCAGUUAAUUUUAACCCAAUCCGAAGGAACCAUGCCUGUUACAGAUCAUUUUGGCUUGUCAGACCAAACUAUUUUAGGCUGAGUUGAGAAUGAUAUCUAAUCCGCCUCUUAUAUGUUGAAAUCUGUCAAAAUACACUAAUGAUGAAAAUGUGCUUCCAAUGUAUUUUGGUAAAAAGAAUACUUUACUUAAAGCACAAAAAGUAUGCAUUUUAGAGAGGAGGAUUGAGCAGAGUUUACAAAAUACUACCUUGGUUUGACAAACUAAUUUGACAACUACUAAGAAAGCGAGAGAUGGUUAUUUGCAUUAAUAUCUUAACGGUAGAAAACAUUGCAUAGGGUGGAAAUAAGUUCGAGAAAGGCUUGAAAUACCACUUAUUUAAAGUGUGAUUCAACCUAUUUAGCAAAAAGGAGGUUAGGCUUCUUUAGAAGCUUUUUAAACUAAUCAGGCUAGCAAUGUACUGGUACUAAACUUAUGGGUUUAUUUUUUGCUAGGGGUGGCAAUACGGGUUCGGCCCAUUGGACAUGCCCGUUUUGCCCGCACUUUUGUGCGGGGCAUGCCAAUGUUUUAGGCCCUCAUGCUCUAGUGUGACCGUCCUGCCCCUCCCUGUUUUUUAUACGGAAUUUUGCGGGCACGUUCAUUAAUAUAAAUUUUACAUUUUUAGGUUUAAAAAGUUCAGUGUCCGUGGGCUUAGCCCGCCUCGCCCUCACUUUUUACGGGGCGGGUUAAAGUUUUAGACCCGCACCCUCA